AUGCUGAGCCGCGCGCGCACCGAGGGCCCCGCGGCGCUGUCCCCGCGCUCCGCCGGCGGCUCCGGCUCGAAAAGUUUCUCCAUGGUUCCUUUGUGUCGCCCGAGCGCCCGUUCGCCGGCCCCGAGCUGCCCCCGUCUUCCCGGCCCCCGGCCCCAGCCCGGGUCACCCGUGCGGGGGUUCGGGACACUCGUGUUCCUGGGCGGGCUACGCGGCACGCGCUGCCCGGAUACAAGCGAGUUCAGGAUUGCCCUCACUUUGCUCCCGCCUGGCUUCGUUCCAGAGGCGGACUCCCAGCUGCUGCACUCAUGUGACUCCAACAUAAAUAAGCAGACCUAA